AUGUCUGAAUCAUUUUGUGAAAAGUCUCAACGACACUGUUCACUUAUAACUUAUGCCUUCAGUCCUUCACAUAUCAAAGAUAUUUUCGUCAGUAUGGCAACAACAUAUGAGACUCCGAAGAUUAUCACAAUUAAUUCUUUACCAAUUGCCAUUACUUGUCGCAUCGUUCAACUACUUAUCUUAAUAUAUGCAUUCGUAUAUAUCAUCUGGUACAAACGCGGUUAUCAAAAUCGUGAUUCAUCGUUGUUGUCAUCAGUAACGCUUGAAGCAAAUGGUAUUGGUGUUUACAAUAAAGAUGGAAUUAUGACGGUAGACAAUGCCGAUUAUAUAGUUCCGCCUGAAGAAAAUAACGCAUUGUUUAUCAUGACGAACUAUAUUGAAACGGAUCAACAACGAGGUUUAUGCGCUGAAAGCGCGGAUAUACGAGAUUCAGGUUGUAAACAAGAUUUGGAAUGUGAAAAGAAACGUAGAAACCGUGUUAUAUGGAACGGCCGUUGGACAGGUAAAUGUCAUCAACCGGAAGGUCGAUGUGAAAUGGAAGGUUGGUGUCCUGUGGAAAACGACACAGUUAUACCGAAACCGAUCAUCGGUACAUUGAACUAUACAAUCUUUCUAAGGAAUUUCGUUGAAUUUACACGUUUCAGUGUCAUGCGGCGAAAUGUGCUCAAUGACACAAGUUACUUUCGUACAUGCCGUUAUCAUCCUGAGCACGAUAGUCUCUGCCCAAUAUUUCGUAUCGCUGAUCUGUUGGAUAUUGUGGAAAGUGAUCCCGAAGAACGCGAGAAAAUGAUGACAAACGGUGCUGUUUUGCGUAUUAAAAUCGAUUGGAUGUGCAAUCUUGAUUUGGGUGAACAAGAAUGCAAACCGUCCUAUUCAUUUGGCCGACUUGACUCUCGUUUCCGUGAUGAACGCUUCUCAUUCGGUUUUAACUUUCGUUACGCAUCGCACUGGAGAGUUAAUAAGACAGAAUUUCGUACAUUGAAGAAAGCCUUUGGUUUGAGGUUCAUUGUUACCGUUAAUGGUGAUGCAGGCAGGUUUAGUUUGCUAGUUUUAACAUUAAAUAUCGGUUCGAUCGUUGGUGUACUCGGAUUAGCAACAUUUAUCUGUGAUAUUGUUGCUUUGUAUUUCAGCGAACAAGGUUAUAUUUAUCGACGACAGAAAUUUCAAUCAGUUCAUCUGAAAAAUAAAACAAUUGGAGCAUCGACGGUCGUACAAUCAUCGGUGCAUAAGAGAAAAAUGGCAAGGAAAAUCAAACAACGAACAUGA